AUGUCGUACGGAAUCAAUGACUUCGAGCAAAGUCAGGGCCCGACCGACCAGUACUACAACCCGUCGGCUCCGACCGGAAGUGUUGGCUACGAAUUCGGUCAAUUCGAUUACUCAGACCACGAGUACAACACCGCCGGCACCGCAGACCACCCGUUGGCCGCCCCUCAGGCCCUCUUCACGCCGUCACCCGUCGCCGGCUUCGAUGCGGACCCCUUCACGGGAAUGCCCGGCCAGAGGGCCACCGAUCCGUACGCCGACGAACCACCACUACUCGAAGAGUUGGGCAUUAAUUUCGACCAAAUCGUGCAGAAGACUUACGCCGUGUUGAAUCCGUUCCGCAGACCCGACCCCUCAAUACUGCACGACUCAGAUCUGGCCGGACCUCUGGUCUUCUGCUUGGCUUUUGGCUCAUUUCUAUUGCUGUCGGGAAAAGUGCAGUUCGGAUACGUCUAUGGCUUCGGAGCGCUCGGAUGUCUCUCUAUCUAUUCGUUACUCAAUCUGAUGGCCACACCAGACAUCUUCAUAUCGAUCGCCUGCACUGUCUCUGUGUUGGGCUAUUGUCUGCUUCCGAUGGUUGUAUUGUCGGGUCUGUCGGUUAUAUUCAGCCUAAAAGCGUUAAUCGGGACGAUAUCGGCGCUAUUGGCCAUCACGUGGUGUGCAAUGAGCGCCUCAAAGCUGUUUGUAAUCGCACUGACACUUCACAACCAACAGGCGCUCAUCGCAUACCCCUGUGCUCUACUUUACGGCGUUUUCGCCCUCUUGACUGUCUUCUAG